AUGAACUGUCGGAGAGUGUUCAAGUCCGUACAAGCCUUGGCGGCUCAUAGCUUACUCUUGUGUUUCACGCUCGGUUUGGUUUUCAAGCUCGACCACACCUUCGCAUACUCCUGGUGGGUUGUGUGCCUACCUCUGUGGGCUUUCCAUGCUGUUGUUGCAAGGGGAAGAUUCUCGCUUCCUGCUCCAAUCGCUCCUCGUAACCGCCAUUGGGCACCGUGUCAUGCUGUUGUGGCUACACCGUUGCUUGUAGCUUUUGAAUUGCUCCUCUGUGUAUACCUCGAGAGUUCAUAUGCUCGUUGGCCACCAGCUGUGAGCUUGAAGAUUGUUUUCCUCCCGCUGUUGGCAUUUGAAGUAAUUAUACUGGUGGACAAUGCCAGAAUGUGUCGAGCACUGAUGCCUGGAGAUGAAGAGAGCAUAAAUGAUGAAGCAAUAUGGGAAGCGCUUCCUCAUUUCUGGGUUGCGAUAUCCAUGGUGUUCUUUCUAGCUGCUACAAUCUUUACCCUCCUAAAGCUGUCUGGCGAUGUAGCUGCUCUUGGCUGGUGGGAUCUAUUCAUUAAUUUCGGAAUUGCAGAGUGCUUUGCUUUUCUUGUUUGUACAAAAUGGUCCAAUCCAGUUAUCCAUAGAAGCCCACGUAUCAGAGAACCCGGGUCAUCUUCUACUAACACUGCUAGAUACGUUGACUGGAACAGUGGCCUUGUGGGUUUUUCAGAAGACGACAGGGACCAAGAUGGAACCUGUGGCCUGCAAGAUAUUGGUGGUCAUAUUAUGAAAAUCCCCCUUGUUCUAUUUCAAGUGGUACUUUGCAUGCAUCUUGAGGGAACUCCUGAAGCUGCUAAGGAUAUACCUCUUCCGGUCCUGUUUUCUCCACUCUUCCUACUGCAAGGCGCUGGUGUUCUAUUCUCUGCUUCUAAAUUGACAGAGAAGGUUGUUCUGUUGAUGCGGGGAGAAGAUGAUACAGGAUUGUAUUUUAGUGUUUCAUCCAGAGCCCAUGAUUGCUUUGGUUUCUUGCACCAUGGAUCAAGGCUACUAGGGUGGUGGUCAAUUGAUGAAGGAAGCCGGGAGGAGCAAGCUCGGCUAUACUUUGAUCAAGAAUCUGGUUACAAUACCUUUUGUGGUCAUCCGCCUGAAGUAGUCAAGAAAAUGCCUAAGAAAGAUCUUGCUGAGGAGGUAUGGAGACUUCAAGCAGCACUUGGUGAGCAAACAGAAAUAACGAAAUUCAGCCAGCAGGAAUAUGAGAGACUGCAAAAUGAGAAAGUGCUGUGUAGGGUUUGUUUCGAAAGAGAAAUCAGUGUGGUACUGCUUCCAUGUAGACACCGUGUUCUUUGCAGAGACUGCUCAGAAAAGUGUAAAAAGUGUCCCUUCUGCCGUAUAAACAUCGAAGAACGGCUCCCCGUAUAUGAUGUUUAA